GAACGAUGAAAGAUUGCACAAAAUUCAACAAGGUUACUACAGAGGAGGAUUAAAGAUGGAAUCGUUCACUGGUGUUGAUUCUCCAAGAUCAGGAACAAUCAUAGAGGGCGUUGGAGAUGAGAUUGUGCAUUCUGUUUUCGGUGUUUUUAUUGUAAUUGCAAUUCCUCUCACGAUUGCUUUCCUCAACAGAAACCAAACUGGUUCAAGAGUUAUCCAUCCAGACAAUGUGCAGAGGGUUUUUGAAGCAAGGCAACGAUUAGGGGUUGAUUCAGAGACAGUGAGCGAUCGACAACAAGAACAACAACAACAACAACAACAACAAGGUCAACAUCAACAUGAUGAGCAGCUCCAAAAUGGCAAUGCCCAAACCCCACCCAUUAGACGGAGAUACAACUUGGACCCCACAUGUCCUGUUUGUCUAGCAGAGUUAGCGUACGCUACAGAGACAAAUUGUGGUCAUGUUUUUUGCGGAAACUGUUUGAUAACCUACUGGAGGCAUGGCAACUGGCUUGGGUCAAUCAGAUGUCCAGUGUGCAGACAACAGGUGACUCUCUUAUUGCCAUGUUUCCGUGAAGUUGAUCAAACCACAGAUGAUGCCCAGCAAGUUAUCAAUGAGAUCAAUGAAUACAACAGAAGAUUCUCUGGCGAGCCGAGACCACUGAUGGACUACGUCCGUGACCUCCCGACCCUCUUUCGCCACGCCAUGAGAGAGUUCUUCACCCUUAGUGGUCUCGUGUGGAUGUUCCGUCUUCGCAUCAUCAUCUGUUUCUUCGCCGCCCUCUUAUAUUUCAUCUCGCCGUUGGACAUCAUUCCCGAGGCGGUCUUCGGCAUCCUGGGUUUCCUUGACGAUCUGUUCAUUCUCCUUUUGCUCGCAAUUUAUGUCACCAUCAUAUAUAGAGGAUUUAUCGCAGCUAGAGCCGGGGUCGCCUGAAACAAAAAAACAAUCAACAAAUCAUAUUUUUUAUAUCUUUCACAAUGAAAUGGUGAACUCGUUUUGGAGAUGCAGCUGCAAUAUACACGUGGUAUAUGGAGGAAAUUUGAAUUUUUGCAACUUAAGUUGGUGUGUUUCAUUCCUUGAUAUAAAUGUUACGAAUUCUUUUGAAUUUUACGGGCGGUAGGAUUAAAACGAAAACCAGAAUGUUGUGUAGGAUUCUGCUGGAUUGCUAAUGCUUACAUGUAGGAAUCCUUGAGAUUUAACAGGUUUGAGUACAUCCGGGCAGUUGUUGCUUUGUAACAGUUGAUGAUGAUGAUGAUGCGAGAGUGUAGUCUAUCCUACACCAACUCGGGACUUGGUGGCAGCCCUCUACUCUCUCCUGUCCAGCAUUAAGGUCCUCAUCUCCCUGUGUCACUGAGGCCAACAUCUAGCCAUAGAGUGUCAAUGAAUGUGGCUCGCCUCCCUCCCCUUCUGCCAGUUAGCUGAGUGGAGGGCUGCGACCAAGUCCGGGGUUGGUGUAGGAUAGACUACGCUCUUGCAUCAUCAUCAUGAAUAUUUUUCAGGCAAACGUAGCGACCGCUAAGUUUGAUGUCAUCUGUAGAUCUGUCAACAUUCCAAUCCUAAUUUCCAAUUCAUGUCUUUGAGUUGGAGAAGGUAAUUAGAUACCUUGAGCCUUGCUUGGUUCCAAAUGAAAAGUUCAAGUGCACUUUUAACUUUUAAACAAAUAGUUGUUGUACCCAUCAGGAACACACGUCUACCUUAAUAAUGGCUUGUCAAAAAACAAAUUCUUGCUCAAA